GUACUGCAGCUGUAGAAAGGCUCUCAACCAUUUAUUCUCUUACUGUAUCAUUUGAUUAAGAAAUUUGACAAAAAUUCUUAAAAAUCAAAACAAACAAAAACUCUGCUUCAUGUAUGCAUGAGAGGAACAAUGCAUCAGAUAAUUAACUGCAUAAAAAUAAAUAUCAAUGUAUUUUUCUUAGAUGUUGAUAGAACUUCUAAGAUUCAAUAUGUUUUCAAUUCUGAGGUGAAUUUUCUGAAUCCUUUGAUCAUGCCUCUGUCACCAGUCCCUUCGCACAGAUUGCCAUCCUGGGUGACCACCACAUCUGGGAGUAUGAGGGUACCGAGCAGUACAUGGCUGUGGACGCCAUCUACUGGCAUCAGAGCUACGACUACCAGACACUGGACCAUGACAUCAUGCUGAUGAAGCUGGCUCAUCCCGUCACUGUAAACGAGUUUGUUAAGCCCAUCUCUCUGCCCACGGCCUGUGCCAGCCCUGGAGACAUGUGUGUGGUGUCCGGAUGGGGAAACAUCUACACCGACUCAGUUUUCAACCCUUUCAACCUCCAGUGUGUGGAGGUACCCAUUGUGUCGACCCAGGACUGUGAGGUCUCCUACCCAGGGAAGAUCACAGAGGUCAUGGUGUGCGCAGGCUACCCAGAGGGAGGCAAAGACGCCUGCCAGGGUGAUUCUGGAGGCCCCAUGGUGUGUAACGGAGAGCUGCAGGGCAUUGUGUCUUGGGGUUAUGGCUGUGCUCAACCCAACUUCCCCGGCGUCUACACUAAAGUCUGUGCCCUCAUGCCCUGGAUCAACGAGAUCCUCUCCAGCUAUUAGGCAAUAAACAAUAACAACAAAACAAUAAACAAUGACAAACUUGGACAGGGUCUUGUUGUGGAUAUCCACAUGUAACUAGAUAUUAUCCCUUACCAGGGAUAAGAAAAACAAAGAAACAGCCCUCUUUAGGUAACAGGCUUGUCUGUCUUUCAUCCUUGGUUCUCCCCUCUUUUUCAAACAUUGUAUACAGUACACAGUUGCAGUUGAAAAAACAACUGAUUUUUAUUUAUGUUUAUUUACAUAACUUAUCUACAAUGGAAUUGGGUCAUUAAAAGAGUCUCUCUAUUUUAUAUUUCCAUAUUCCAUAUCCAAUAUGAAGGACACAAACUUUGAAUACAGUUUGUAUGAAGAUUAUAUCAAUAUUUAAAAAUGACCAUUUCACCUUAAUCAGUGCAUUAACCCUUCCACACAUGAACAGUGAAGAAAAUAAUUAUUAACAUAUUGUAGUUUUGUUUAUAUAAAUAUUUUAUCUUUUCAGUAUUUUUCAAUAGUAUUUUAGUAUGUAUCAUACUAUUACUAUACUUAUUAGGGCUGUCAAACAAUAAUAAUAAUACACAACAUAGUAAUAAUACACAACACAGCAUUGUAAACACAACAUAAGCAAUAUGAUUAUUUCAUUUCAUUUAGGCCUAGGUUAGCACUUCGGACUUGUAACCGGAAGGUUGCCGGU